UUUUUUCUCUUUCUCCAUUUCCACACUGUUAUAAUAUCACGUAAUCUACCCAAACCCUGUUUCAACCAACACACUAACAAUGGCCACUGCUUCCGUUUUCUUCUCCCUCCUCUUUCUCUUUACCCUUUCGCACGCUCGCGAUAUUCAGAACCCGUUUCCCCAUCCCAAACCUCUAUCCGAACCUGAACCCAAACCACACGACACCGUUUCGUUCCCCCUCCACACAAUCGAUCCCGUUCCGUUGACGCUCCUCCACUUCCGUCCAAUCAACCGUCACCUCCACCCUGGCCGUCCUUUACCGUUACCGUCACAGUUACCGUUGUCCCUCCGCAAUGGCCACCGUCGAUGCCGCCAUGGCCACCGCCGCGAGAUCUCCUACGGCAACGACAUGCUCGUCGACGCCUCCGGUGGCUCUCGCCAGAUCCCGACGCGGUGGGUUAGGGCUCACAGCGUCGCCGAGCCGCGGUUGCCGGAGAUGAUGGGUCACCCCGAUUCCGAUCACGAACAUCUCCACCAUGUCCAUCGCGAGCACCACCACCAUCACCACCGCAGCUGGUUCGCGAAGAGGUUUCGCGAGUUCUUGAACCUGUUCUGAUUUCGAUGAUGCUACUGAAUUUCUGAUGACGAUGAUGAUGCAUAUUUAGUUAUAUAAAUACGAGUGUUUUAUUGUAAAUAAGUUUGCAUCUGACCUAAAGAUGUGGGAAGCAUGUAUGUUUAGUUUGGAAUUUUUGACUUUUUUAAAUUAAAAGUAUAUAUAAAGUGAGAAAGUAAAUAUUUAUUUUUUUGUUGCUUUUUAAAUUUAAUUAUAUUUAUAAAAUAAUUAAAUUUAAAUUGACGAUAAAUAAAUUUUAUUUUCUCACUUUAUAUAUUUUUUCUUUUAAAAGAGUUGAAUCUGUAUGAUUUUAUCUACACUACUACUACUACUACUCUUACUGCUAAGUUUUAUGUUAUUUAUGAGUUGUGAGGAUAUUUAAUAGAAUAAUACCAUGUUACUGCCACAACCGACUCUUACAGUGGUUGAUGAUGAAUGAGCAGAGGUGUUAUAUUUGCUUGCUGCUAAUUGUGUGUACCUUGCUUUUGUGUUGUAUGUGUGAGGUGCAAACUCCUUAUCACAAUGACUUGUAUUUUAUGAUUGUCAAUGCUAUUAAUAUU